AUUCGUACCUCUGAUGAAUACAUAAACAUACCAAUGGUUUCUGUAAAAAGAUCUUCAGGAAGUAGAAAAUCAACAGAUAAUAAUAACAGUUCAGAUGAUGAUGAGUUUUUAUUACCACUCUAUGUCUCAACAUCAUCCAUUAAUGGUGGUAGCAGCAAGAAAGAAACGAGUACUUCUCGUUCAACAAGAUUCUCUGUUUCUGAAAGAUGGAUUCAUGUUAUUCCUAUGAUUGUUUUCGUCUCUGUAUUGAUUCUCUACUGGUUUUCUCAUCCAGUUGAUGUGAAGAUAGCAGGCGGAAGAAUUAUAACUGUAGGACAAAUGCCGGUGCCAGAGCAAUUUAAGAACAAUACUAAUGGUGGUAAUCAAACCGCAUUGUAUUCUUCGGCUAGUGUUCCGAAAAACGUAGAGAUAAAGCUUCUAACAAGUAGAACUAUGCCCGUCAAAACAAAUAUAACAAGUAAAGCUAUGCAGAUCAAAACCAAUACAACAAGUAAAGCUAAGGAGAUCAAGGAAAAUAUAACAAGUAAAGCUAUAUGAUGGACUCUCCUGCAAAUCUUAAUCCUAUGUACAUUGUCGAGCUCUUAUUUUUACUCAUAGGCAGAACUCUACAGCAAUCUCUUCUCGGCGACUGCAGCAGAAACAACAGAAUGCAAAUCAAAAUCAAAGUUAACAAACAGCAAUGACAGU